AUGGCCAACGAAAGAACCCCCUCCGAAUACACAGUAGGCUGGAUAUGCGCCCUGCCCCUAGAAAUGGCCGCCGCAAAGGCCAUGCUCGACGAAAUUCACCCCAAACUGCCGCAACCGCAAGCAUCCAACGACCAAAAUUCUUAUUGCCUAGGUUCCAUAAACGGACACAACAUCGCGAUUGCGUGCCUGCCAUCCGGUGUUCAUGGUACCACCUCUGCGGCGACCGUUGCGUCGAGCAUGCUGCAUACUUUCCCCUCGAUUAGGUUUGGGCUCAUGGUUGGUAUUGGUGGUGGUGUGCCUGAUAGGCAUGGUGAUAGGGAUAAUGAGCCGAUUCGGUUGGGGGAUGUUGUCGUUAGUAAACCGACCAAUAGUUCCGGGGGUGUACUACAGUACGAUCUGGGGAAGAGUCUGGGGAAUGGCUUAUUUGAGCGCACUGGAUCGCUGAAUAAACCGCCUCAGGUUCUCCUGACCGCUGUAUCGGAGUUGCAGGCUGAUCAUUUGAUGGGUCUUACACAAAUCCCUACUUUGUUGUCUCAAAUUACGCAAAAGUAUCCUUCCAUGCAGACGUUUUCGUAUCCUGGCCAGGGGUUGGAUGAGUUGUUUGAGCCGGGUUAUGAGCACGUUUCGACCGUGGAGGCUUCAUGUCAGAACUGUGAUAAACAGCGCCUGGUCGCCAGGCCAGAUCGCAAAACCACAGAACCCCGCGUGCAUUAUGGAAUCAUUGCGUCCGGCAACCAGCUUAUUAGAGAUGCGAAGAUGCGCGAUAUCCUCGCGCAGGAAGAUCCGGGGAUUCUAUGCUUUGAGAUGGAGGCAGCGGGUCUAAUGGAUCAGUUCCCGUGCCUGGUCAUACGCGGUAUAAGCGAUUAUACGGACUCACACAAGUCGGAGGUAUGGCAGCCCUAUGCAGCAUCCGUGGCAGCUGCGUACGCAAAGGAGUUGCUGUCCGUCAUUUCGGCAAGGCAGAUCUGGAAAGCGACUCCUGCCCAGGAGGCGAUUUCCACACAGCAACAACAACAACAACAACCUCAAGCGCAACAGAAUCCUUUGCUUCAGUUAGCGGGGUUGAGUCUUCUGGGUUCGAGUACCCCAUUACACGAAGCUAUAUCAAGGGGUCAGAAGGACGUCGUAAAAUCGCUGCUCGAAGAGGGGGUACCUAAUAUCAAUGCUCAAGAUAGUAGAGGGUAUACACCGCUACAUAGGGCAAUUGAGCAGGACGAUUUAGAAUCUGCAAAAGCCCUCCUUGAGAAAGGCGCUUCAACCUCACAGUCAAACGUCAUGGUACAGCCCGUGCUAAAAUUCGCCGUUGCCCUAGGGAGCGAAGAGAUGGUACGGCUGCUGCUAGAUAAUGGAGCGCAUGUCGAUGAGAGAGAUGCGAUAGGUUACACGCCCCUGGUCUCCGCAGCAGCCACAGGGAACGAGAAACUCCUCAAGCUUUUGAUUGAGCGAGGAGCGGACCUGAACGCGAGAGGGGCCACCAGGGGAAUGACAGCGCUGCAUCAAGCUGCGCAAACGGGACAUGCGGGGAUUGUGAGGAUGUUGUUGAGAGCAGGAGCGAAACCUAAUGUUCGGAAUUUUAGUGGGAAGACGCCUUUGCAGAUUGCUACGGGCCUACGGAAGGAGAAUGUGAAGAAGGUGUUUGCUGAGGAGGGUGUUGCUCCAUGUCACCUAGGUAUGUGA